GGAUUGACCGUGCACUAAAUGUCUGCAAAAAGGUGGUAGGGUGCUUCUCCUAUAGCUGGAGACGAAGGAGGGAGUUGUCCGAGGCCCAGAAAGAGCUCAAGCUCAAAACAAGCAAUGAUCGCCAGGGUAUUGGAACAACAGAGUGCCAUUUCUUUUGUUCUCUCCGCGGACAGAAAAGCCAGACACCUUGUCCCCACAUGGCAGGAUGUAGAGGUCCUUGAGGCGGUCAACAACUCCCUUUCUCCACUUGCUGAAUUCACGGAUGCUCUUUCAGGAGAGCAAUAUGUAAGUGUGUCAUAUGUGAAGCCUGUUCUUCAUUUGUUCAACAAUAAAAUCUUGGCAGAGAAAGAGGGAAAAACAGAACUGUCAAAAUGCAUCAAGAAAAAGAUCCUGGACUACCUGAAUAAUAAGUAUGAUGAUCCACUGACUCAAGAUUUGCUUGACAUGGCUUCUGCAAUUGAUCCCAGAUUCAAGCUCAAGUACGUCAAUGAGAACAGAGUUGAAGCUGUCAAGACUCGUUUGAGAGCUGAAAUGGCAUCAAUAUCUACUACAGUCAAGCCUCAACCAUCGGUGACUGUUAGAGAGGAUGCAGAUGACCAAAAUGCUCCAGCACUAAAGAAGACCAAAAAAACACUGGGCAGCUUCUUUAAAGUAGAUGAGGACCAGAGGCCAGCAUCGCCAUCUCUCAAUCUCCAAGACAUGGCCAUUACUGCAGAGCUACAGUCUUAUUUUCUAUCUGCUGCUGUUGAUAGUGAAGAGGAUCCUUUGGUCUGGUGGAAGGAACCUGCAAAACAAUUCCCAGCACUAUCCAAGUUGGCACAAAAGUAUUUGUGCAUUCCUGCCACAAGCUCUCCCUCGGAAAGAGUAUUCAGCACUGGAGGAAACAUUGUGAAUUGUUUGCGUGCAUCCCUAAAGCCUGAAAGUGUGGACAGGCUUGUGUUCCUAGCCAAAAAUCUUUAAAAGUCUAACUUGAUGUCGUUCAUUCCUGAAACCUUGAAGUUUUUUUAUGUCUUGUGUUCUAGGCCAAAAUACUUCAUAUGGCAAACUAAGUUUUUUUCUUUCUACAGGUUAUCUUGAGUUUUUCUAUUGUUUUAAUUUUAG